AUGAUACAAUGCGGGACCGUUUGCCUGAAACUUGGACCAGGCGAACCAGAAGCCCCUAUGCACAACGAGAAUCCUGAUCUACCCACUAGCCGGAGAAGAAGCACAACCAAGGUCACAUCGCCGCGCCCUGCACCAGCCAAGAAUACAAGCGUACCCGUCACUAGCCGGCAGGCCAUAGAGAGGUGUUGUCAACAGCAUGAAGAUGACAAUGAGGAGAACAAGGAACCACAGAGUCCCUCAACGACCACGACUACGCAGGCCAGCCCCUUCGACGUCACUGAAUUGGCUGAAGAACCCGAGGAACCAGAUUACGACUCGAUGGAGAGAAAUACUGGAAGCAGUGCGUGGCAAUCGUCGCCGGAGCAGGAUUGGGAGGACGACAAGUCUACGUCCCCAUACCUUCCCCAAUACCAGGACGGCCAGUCACCAGAUGACCCGUCCCCAGCCAGCAGCGCUCCCAACAACGAGUGGCUAUCCUCAUCGGAGCCAGAGAACGACGACGGCCAGUCCGACGAACGAUUCAGGACAACACUGCAGCGGGAUGAGUGGGACUGGCAAGAGUCACCACCACCUCCCAGCUCGGAGAGCGACACCCCACCGGAACGGCACUAUCCCGACAAUGUGCGCGAGGUGUACGACGAGGACGCACCACCUCACCGCGGCUUUCGAGGCCCCACAUAUCCGCCCCGGUUCCAGGGCCAUCAAGACGGCGGCUCCUACUCCAGGUCACCAAAGCCGGAACCCCGACGCGACCCAAGGAGCGGACGAGGGGUAUACAAGCCCGCCGAGCCGCAGACUGAGCUGGAGCAUUACACAGCCAGUCCGGCCAGCGAGUCCAGCAGCGACGACGAGCAAGUCUAUUACCGGGAAGUGGUAGCAUCUGCCGAAAACUACCAGCACAUCACCACUCCCUAUGGUGCCCGAGUGACCCGCAACACCACUACUACUGUGGAUAUCUUCUUACCCCCGGGAGAGACGAUGAGCUCAAUGUUCAACGUACCGAGAGAGUCACGUUCCCAGCGUCAACCAAGGCGGAACACCUCACCCGAGACUGUCCAACGGCCUACCUGGGAGCCGGCAACAUCGGACGAAGAGGACAACCGUCCCCUCUUUCGUCGGCGGUACUCACGAGCCCCGACCAACGCGACCACCAGCGAAGCAGCACCAGCAGAGUGGGUUGUGGCACCGACGGGAUGGAAGGUCGACACGAAAGACCGGAAAAUACCCCAGGCCCUUGUCGAGGACGUCAUGUCAGGGAUGCACAAGCGCACCCGGGCCCGUUACUCCAAAGAACUGGACGGGCAACGAUUCCAAGUGGAGCGGACGAAGACUCGGAGG